AAUACCAUAGAACUAGAAGUACUUUUGUCCCUACUCUACACGCAUUUUUUUCAUUUUCUUCCUUUUCCUUCCUUUCAAAACCAGUCUACCAAUGAUUCUUUAUAUACAUUUUUUCAAGAUUCCUCUGCUACAAAUACUCAAAUCUUAAUAUAUUCUGUUGAAUCUGUUCUACCACAUUCAAAUCUUCAAAUUUGAGUAUAAAUAAUCAUAAUAGAAUAGUUUUUUUAAUGAUGACCGCUCUUACUGCCUCUAUGUUACUUCCAUCCAAGUUAAAACCUUCAAUUCAUGAUGGUAAAUUCUCUCCUUUUCCCUCUACAAGCAGCAGAUCUCCUUCUAAGAAAUCGCAAUUUAAUUUUCCUGUGAUGAGAUUGUUUGGGCCAGCAAUAUUUGAAGCAUCAAAGUUGAAAGUGUUGUUAUUGGGAACGGAUGAAGAAAAACACCCUCCAAAGCUGCCCAGAACUUAUACUCUUACUCAUAGCGAUUUCACCGCGAACCUCACUUUGGCUGUCUCUCAAACUAUAAACAAUUCUCAGCUACAGGGAUGGGCCAAUAAAUUUUAUAGAGACGAGGUGGUUGCAGAGUGGAAGAAAGUGAAAGGAAAGAUGUCUUUACAUGUUCAUUGUCAUAUAAGUGGUGGCCAUUUCUUUUUGAACUUGUUUGCUCCUUUGCGUCACUACAUCUUUUGCAAGGAACUCCCUGUGGUACUGAAUGCAUUUGUGCAUGGAGACCAAAACUUGUUCAUGAACUAUCCAGAAUUAGAGGAUGCUUUAGUAUGGGUAUAUUUCCAUUCAAAUAUUCCAGAUUUUAACAAAGUAGAGUGUUGGGGCCCACUAAAGGAAGCUAUGGACCCCACUUCAAAAACUAAGAACAACCAGAUGAUGAUGAUGAACAAGAAUCAAGAUCAAGAUGAAGAAGCAGAAAUAACAAGGAACUCAAAAUGGGAAAUGAUAGAGCCUUGCACGGAACCAUGCAGUUGUUGUUAUCCACCUACAACUUUGAUUCCGUGGACUCCUUCACUAUCACAAACAGAUGAACAGCAGAAGCAAGAACAGCUUCCUGAUGAUGUGUCGAUUCCGUCGACUGGGUCCCACUAAAAAUAAUUUCAUUAAUCUUGAUUUUAUUUGUAUAUAACAUGAUUACAUAGACCAAUUACAUUCUUGGUAAUUAUAUUUAGUACUGCCAAGAAAUGUGUAGAACAAAGGAAGCUGGUCCCACAUCUUGGAGCCUAGAGGUUUCUAUUUUUGUCAAAAUCAGUCAUGGUCCUGGGUCCAUGCCUGUUGGUUUAGGUAUUAUGUUUAGGAUUUUCGACUUUUGUAAAUAUGUUGAAUGGUUUUUAGAGUGCCACCAAGCAAAUUUAAUGCUUUCAAAUUCAAAUACAAAUUAUUGUGUAGUGAAAUGUGAUGUGAAAUUUAAUGUUAUAUGAUGUCACUUUAGUAAAUUUUCAGUCCUUUAAUUUAC